AUGUUGCUCCUGAUCAUCAACAUUUUUCUCGCAUUUCCAUUUUGCCAGUCUGCAUUAUGGCAAGGUUCUCCAUCAAAGUACAGUUUCUACGAGAAAAAAGCUCGAGUAAAUAACAUACGAUUCAUCAAAUCCCACGAAGAUCACGAGAUCAAUGCGCCGAUCCCAAAAGAAUCAAUUAGUAUUCCAGCAACAUUUGAUGCUAGACAAUACUGGUCACAAUGUCAGGAGAUAGGAAAAGUUAGAGAUCAAUCUGAUUGCGGUGAGUUUUAUUCAUAAUUACGUUUCGACAGAUUAAUCUUACAGGCUCUGCUGCUCAUUUAGUAGCAGUUGAAUUAGCUUCGGAUAGAACAUGUAUAGCUUCAAAUGGUUCAUUUAACUGGCCUUUAUCUGCCGAAGAUCCUCUUGCUUGUUGCAUCGGAACACUUUCAGCUUGUGGUGAUGGAUGGGGAUGUGAUGGAAGUUGGCCACAAGAUAUUUUAAAAUGGUGGCAAACACACGGUCUUUGUACGGGAGGAGAAUAUGUUGAUCAAUUUGGUUGUAAACCCUAUUCAAUUUACCCGUGCGAUAAACCUCAACCAGAUGGUACAACUGGACCACCGUGUCCAGGAUAUCAUACACCAAAAUGUGUAGAAGAAUGUACAUCUAAUGUUACUUGGCCAAUUGAAUACAAACAAGAUAAACACUUUGGUAAGAAUGUCUCGACAACAAAGUGAUAACUUAUGAAAAUUUCAGGAAAGGGUCACUAUAAAGUAGGCAAAAAGAUGACAGAUAUUCAAACAGAAAUAAUGACAAAUGGACCAGUUAUUGCUUCAUUCGUACUCUAUGAAGAUUUCUGGGACUAUAAAACAGGAAUCUAUGUUCAUUUGAAUGGAGAUCAAGAAGGUGGAAUGGUGACAAAAAUUGUUGGAUGGGGAGUUGAUAAUGGUGUCCCAUAUUGGAUUUGUGUUCAUCAAUGGGGUGAAGAUUUCGGAGAAAAUGGAGUUAUUCGAUUUUUACGUGGUGUUAAUGAAUGUAAUAUUGAAAGUCAAGUUAUUGCUGGUACACCUGAUCUUGAUAAACAUAACUAA